AUGCAGAUCGAUUCGGACGAUGAUUUCGACCCUGCGGACGACUAUGAAAUGGUCGACUCUGAGAUCGAGCCCGAAAAACAGAUCGACGACACUCCUGCCUCUACUCCUCCUUCGACUACCACCACCAUCCCGCGCUGCCGACAGAAAACUUUGAAAUGUCCCUGGAACAACUGUGACAAGGCGUUUAAUCGUCAAGCCAGACUGACCGAGCACAUUCGAUCUCACACCAACACCCGUCCGUUCAAGUGUCCCAGUCCCGGUUGUGCCAAAGCCUUCCUCCGCGACAGCCACCUCAAACACCACGUCAAGAGUGCGCACACCGAGAUUCGAGACUACAAAUGCACGUGGUCCGGUUGCGAUGCAAGCUUCGCGACGGGCACACGGCUGCGACGACAUAUUCAGGCACAUGAGGCGAAAGAGAAGUUCCGAUGCCGCGGCUACGAUGGCUGUACUCAGACUUUCCGCAAGCAAGACACUCUCGAUCGGCACAUCUUGUCGGCUCACCAGAACAUCAAGCCGUUCCCGUGUCCGGAAUUGGACUCUGUUACGGGCCUUCCCUGCACCAAAGCAUACGAUACUGCUGAGAACUUGCGUACUCAUCAGAGAACCAAGCAUGAUCCCACCAGAUUCUCUUGCGCGGAAUGCAUGGCGCAAAAUGCCACAACUCAGGCCGAUUCACCGGAUACCCAUCCAGAAAAUCCCAUUGUGGCCUCGUUUGCCACUUACGGAGAACUUCAAGCUCACAUCACCAUCGUCCACCCACCCACUUGUCCGUACUGCCCCACGUCAUUCACCACCAACAAGGAGUUGACCCGACAUCUCGAAAUUCAGCACGGAAUUCUCCCGCCCAACAAAGCAUCGGAGCCGGCAUCGGUCUUCCCAUGCACCCAUGAGGGAUGUGGCAAGAAAUUCACCAAGAAAGGAAAUCUGAACGUCCAUGUGAAGACGGUGCAUGAAAACAAGCGUGACUUUGUCUGUGGCCAAACUGAAAUGGCUCUUCCCGAGGAGCUGAAUGAUCAGAAAGACAUUGUUGUCUAUGGUUGCAAUCGCAGCUUCACCAGCAAAGCAAGUCUAGAGGAGCAUGUUCGCACUGCUCAUUUGGGAUUAGAGUCCAAGCGGAUGAUCCGUGAGAAGAAACGCAAGGCUGAUCGACGGGCGGACGAUGACGCCCACAACCCUGCCCCCGAAGGUCAAACGUUGAAGAAGCGUAAAGCUCGUUCGGACAAGGGGGUCAAGAAAUCCUCCGCCAUGACGUCUUUAACUGGAGUUGCUCACGAUCAAUCCAAAAUGGAGGCGCGCCGCAGUCAGCCCAUAGCAGACACCGGUUUGGAGACUGUCAUGGACGACGGCGAAGACACCUAUCUCUCCGGAUCAAUGACAAUGUGCGGCAGUCAGAUCUUUCACUACGGCAGUUCCUAUCGUUAUCUUUCCGGUCAAUACCCCACGCUUCAUGGACAGGCCUCUGCCUCCGUCAGCCUUCCUGAACACGAAAAUGAUGAUGAUGACAACUCCGGAAGUGACAAUCAACUCGGUCGUGUCACACCACCUGGCAUGACCGACUACGAAAUCGAAGUCGACGACAAUUUCUUCGGUCACUUCGAACCAGAGAAACCCGCCUAUGAGUAUCCAUCACUCUGA